GGCAGUCCUGGUAGGGCCGCCAUUUUUGCAAAGGGAAAAGAGACUGGUUUUGAGGGGAUCUAAUUUCUAAAAGUCUCCGUUGACUAGGGCACAGUUUUAGCAGUUUCGAAUUGAUUUUCUAGCUACAUUUGGGGUCCCCGCGUUUAAACAAGAGGCAAGGGAAUCCCCCUUUCAGAAGAGGAGUCUUUAGAGGACACGUUUAAAUACAAACAUUUUAAACCUUGGCCAGAGAUCCGCAGUGUGUGUGUGUGUACAGAAGUAUUGUUUUGGUUGUGGAAGCUGUGUGGAAAGCGACGGGGGUCUUACCCAGGUCCCCUUAUUCGCUACUCAGAUCCUCCAGAGUGGACAUAAAACGGCCUUGUGGAUGCACUUAGAUGUCUGCAAUGAGUGCUGUGGCUGGCAUGCCUCAGUGUUUUGGACUCCCUUUCUCUGGACUCAGUAGGACAAGAACUGAUCAGCAGAGAACGUCAUGAGCAUAGUCAUCCCAGUAGGGGUGGACACCGCAGACACCUCAUACCUGGACAUGGCUGCUGGCUCAGAACCAGAGUCGGUGGAGGCCAGCCCUGUGGUGGUGGAAAAGUCGAGCUACCCACACCAGAUUUACAGUAGCAGUUCGCACCAUUCCCACAGUUACAUAGGCCUGCCUUAUGCUGACCACAACUAUGGGGCGCGGCCCCCACCUACACCGCCAGCCUCCCCACCCCCCUCCAUGUUGAUCCGACAAGGAGAGGGGGGGCUGUUUGUUCCAGGGGGCCAGGACGAAGCGUCCAGGGGCACCACACUCAGCACCUCAGAGGAUGGCAGCUACGGGGCUGACAUCACCCGUUGCAUCUGUGGCUUCACCCAUGACGAUGGCUACAUGAUCUGUUGUGACAAGUGCAGUGCCUGGCAGCACAUAGACUGUAUGGGCAUUGACAGACAGAACAUUCCUGAGACCUACCUGUGUGAACGCUGCCAACCUCGACACCUCGAUAGAGAGAGGGCCGUCCUGCUGCAGACCCGGAAAAGAGAGUCUUUAUCUGACGGGGACACCAGUGCUACAGAGAGUGGAGAUGAGGUUCCGCUAGAGCUCUACUCCACCUUCCAGCACACGCCUACCACCAUCACCCUCACCACUGGACGCCUUGGCAAUAAGCAAUCUGAUAAAAAGCGCAAAAAGAGUGGUGAAAAAGAGCCUCCAGCGUCCUCUGCUCGAGCUAAAAAGGCCUUUCGAGAGGGGUCCAGAAAAUCCUCUAGAGUAAAGGGUGCAGCUCCCGAACAGGAGCCAACAGAGCACCCGUCUCUGUGGGAGAACAAGAUCAAAACGUGGAUGGAGCGUUACGAGGAGGCCAGCAGUAAUCAGUACACUGAGGAUGUUCAGGUCCUGUUGCGUGUUAAAGAACAAGGCGACGGCAAGAGUCUGGCAUACAACACGCACCCAGCCUCUUUCAAACCCCCUGUAGAGAGUCAAGUUCAGAAGAACAAGAAGAUCCUCAAGGCGGUGCGAGACUUGGCCCCAGACUCCCUCAUCAUUGAGUACAGGGGCAAGUUCAUGCUUCGACAGCAGUUUGAGGCCAACGGAUACUUCUUCAAGAGGCCAUACCCUUUUGUGUUAUUUUAUUCAAAAUUUGAUGGACUGGAGAUGUGUGUAGACGCUCGCAGCUUCGGAAACGAAGCACGUUUCAUUCGCCGCUCUUGCACUCCCAAUGCUGAAGUGCGUCAUGUCAUUGAGGACGGCAUGUUACAUUUAUACAUCUACUCAUUGCGGCCGAUAUCCAAGGGCACAGAGAUCACAAUCGGUUUUGAUUUUGACUAUGGCAGCUGUAAAUACAAGGUGGACUGUGCCUGUGUGAAGGGGAACCAGGAGUGCCCGGUGCUCAAGCACAACCUAGAGCCCACAGAGAACCUGGGUUCUGGAGGCAGACGCAGAGGGAAUCGGAAGGACAAGGAGUUGGCACGGGACGACCAGGCCCAGAACCAGAACGUGGGUUUGGAUGGCGAGGGGAAGGGCAAGAACAUAGGCGACAGCAAGCAGAGAAAACUCUCUCCUCUCCGCCUCUCCAUCUCAAACAACCAGGAUCCUGAGUUAUUUGAGGAUCUAGAAGACAAAACCUCCGUUAGCAAUGAAGUAGAGAUGGAGUCAGAGGAGCAGAUUGCAGAGAGGAGGAGGAAGAUGGCCAACCCAGCGGAGCAGUCCCAUCUACCUGUCGGGGCGGCUUCGUGCUGGAGGGGACUGAAAAUCAAGGAGACACGAGAGGAGAGGAAGAUGGAGGCCAUCCUGCAAGCCUUUGCCCGAAUGGAGAAGAGAGAGAAACGACGGGAGCAGGCGCUGGAGAGAAUCGGCAGCAUAAAGUCCGAGGUUGGGGGCCGCAGUGACAUUAAGGAGGAGCCUCCAGCCACACCAGAGACAGCAGAUUCGCCAGCUGUCAUGCAGCCACUCCUGGAAGUAAAAGAGGAGCCAGGUCUAAAGCCAGCCAAGGUUAAAGGCACGAGGAACAGGAAAAGUUUCUCAAGAAAUCGCACUCACAUUGGGCAACAGCGGCGACGAGCUCGCACCAUCAGCACUUGUUCUGACCUGCCUCCCAGCUCUCCAGCUGAGUCUGUGGAGCCUGUGACCAAUGAAGCCCCUGAAGGAGAAACACCCACUGUGCCAGAGCCGGAGGCCAUCUCCACACAAGCACCCGACACCAGUCCUCCGCACAGCAGCUCACCUGCACCUGACAGAAACCGAACAGGGAGCAAGAAUUUCAAAACAAAAAAGCACUUUGUGAAUGAGUGGGUAGGCGAGAAACAGCAGGACCGUGGUGCUGUACGAACACCAGAACCAGUCCCAGAAAGGCCGCUGAGAAUAAGCAGUGACCCUGAAGUGCUGGCCACGCAGCUCAACGCCCUGCCAGGCCUGGCCUGCUCCCAGCAGGUCUACAGCACGCCCAAACACUAUGUCCGCUUUUUGUCCCCGUUCUUGGCAAACCGCAGCCCCACAUCUCCUGGGGUCCCCACCGGGAGACGGCGUUCCCGAGAACUACCCGAAAUGCCACCAACCACUGGGUCCUGCAAGAAGCGAUGGUUGAAGCAAGCUCUAGAGGAGGAAGGCUCCACCAGCCCAGGCAGACGGCCAAGUCUUCUCAUGCCCGGUGAAGGCCCCCUCAGCCCCUCCGUUAACGGAGACUCAGACAGCCCCCUACCCUAUAAUGGCACCUGCUCGCUACCAGAGUUGCCCACUCCUUUGAAAAAGCGACGGUUGAGUCCUUUGGACGCUUGUAUGUCUGAGAGCUCAACGCCCUACGGUUCCCCUUGUGCCACGCCCACCCGGACAGAACAGUCGGAGACGACGCUGACACCAGCCUUAAUGGCCACCCCUCCACGUCCCCGAACAGAGGAGCCAAGCACGGAGCCCUUGCCCACCACCCCGACGCCAACGCUUAAUGCCCCUCAGGAGAAUGAAUCUUCAGGGGAGAACUCACCAGAGGUCAACCGAAAACCCUGUGUGCAGGAGGCCGAUCGUCCUCCUUCGUUGGCGUCCUCUCCCUGCAUCAGGGUUCCUAGUUCAGAUGGACUCCCGUCAGAAGCCAAGGUGUCAGUUCCAGAGAGUCCACAGCCUCCACCUGCUGAGUCGGUGGACUGUGGAGAGGACAGGCCUGAUAGUGGGGGUGUAGAAGGCACCAGUGAGGCUCCCUUAUCUACAGAAGCAUGUGCUUCCUCUUAUUCUGGCUGGAUAAAAAGCCCAGAGAGGGGCCCGACUGGACCAGCUGGCCUGAACUUCUCUCCAGUCAAUUCAAACUUAAGGGACCUCACCCCCUCCCACACUCUGGAGCCUCUGGCAGCCCCCUUCAGGCCUGAGGCUGCAGCAGGACCCUCAGCAGGAACGGGGUCACUGGUUGGCUCCCAGCCCUCGUUUAGCGAAGGCCAAGGGCAGCUCUUUCACCCCGGCUCUGAGGAGGGAAGUUCUCUCGGCUUCUCACGCUCGCUGAAUGGGGACAGCGCUGGCGACGGAGGAGGCUCGGCACAGAACCCCCCACAGAAGAAAAAGGUUUCCCUGCUAGAAUACCGUAAGCGUCAGCGCGAAGCCCGUCGCAGCGGCUCCAAGACCGAGUGCAGCUCUCCCGUUUCCACUGUGCCGCCUCUAGCUGUGGACGCCUUCUCUGUCUCUCUAGAGACCACCAGCGAGCCUCCUCUACCUCCUGCUUCCACGGCUCUCUCCAACACCACCACCGCAGCUUUAAGAGAGCCACAGACAAACGAGGAGGCAGAGUCCACCGGAGAGAAGGAGGGAGGAGAAGGACAGUGGACAUCGUCGACUUCUGUAGAGCAGGCCCGAGAGCGCAGCUACCACCGAGCUCUGCUGCUCAGCAAAGACAAAGACACAGAUGGUGAGACAGAAGGUGGAGAUACGCCUUCGAUGAGGGAGUGUGCAUCUCCGAGUGUCCAGAAGACGCCGACCCACACACCCUGUUCUCCUGGCCCUCUUGUCCAACCUUCUGGUCGGCCAUCGAAGGAGGAAGAUGGCGAUGGUCAACCUCGGACGCCAAAUCUGACCAGCCAGCCGACAAGCAAGCCGACAGGACCCAAAUCGGCCCCGCUAACACCGACAAAGCUGCACCCCACCCCGUUACCCUCCUCACCAGUCCACUACCCUGGAUCGUCCCUCCUCCACUCUCCAAAGCCUCAGGCUCAGGGUUCGCCCUAUCGCAGCCAGAGGGCGCUGUUCUCUGCCCAAACUCAGAACCAACCACAGCCCCAGACUCAGACUGGGCCCAGUGCUUUUCCGCAGUAUAAUACACAGAACACUCCACCGCCACCACCCCCUCCACCGCCAGCACCGCCUGUUUCCACAGCCUAUUUUCCAAGCCAGAACCCCUCACCUGCUGGACCUUUCCCUGGGUUUAAACCCUCUGUCACGCCGCCCUAUCCUCCAGGCUCUCAGCCCCUGAUGCAGACUCUUCCCCACAGCGUGCACUAUCAGAGUUCAGCUGCUCCUCCGCCGCCACCUCCUCCGCCUCCACACCCGAUGCCUGGCCCCACUCUGCUACAUGUCAACCUGCAGCCACCUCCCAUCCAGCAACAUCAGCUCAUGAUGACAACUGCACCUCCUCCACCUCCUCCCCCACAGGGUCAGACCUCCCAACAGCAGCAGCAGCCGCCUCCUUCAGGAGGCACCCUGUUGUCACUUACCCCUCCGCCACCACCUCCUCCGCCUCCUCCAGCCCCCUCUACCAACACCCCAAUGCAGCCCCACCACUAUCAGAACUUAGGGGGGUUUCAGCCGGCACUGAUGCACCCUGGUGCUGCAGCGAACUCUUCAGUACCCCCAUCCUCCUACCCCCCACCCCUUCAGCAGACCGGACUGCCUCCACCUCCGCCACCUCCUCCCCAACAGACUCAACAAGGCCAGUCUCAGGCCGCUGCCUCCCAGAUGCCUUCUGGGACUCGUGGAGCUCCUGCAUCCUCGACCCCCUUCCACAGCUCGGGGUACCUGAGCACAGGGUGGCACUGACCCGCCCCUUCUUGCUGCCGGUGUCUGGCAGCCCCUGAGAACUCAUCGUGAGGGGGCAUGUACCAUACGCUGUAGAUACGUUUUCUAUGUACCUGUACACAUGGCCAGUGGAAAAACAGCUGAUUGUGGGAUAAAAGGGUACUUUUUAAGAAAAACAAAAAAGACAUAAAAUUUUAACAAAAAAGGACAGUGAAAUAAAUCUUCAAGACAGACUAUAAAAAUAGAUGAUUCUCCCCGGUGCUCAUAGCCCUUUUCUCUCUGGCCUCCAUGUUUGUUUUUAUAAUACCCUUCCUGUGAUGGAGAGGAAGGAUCUUUGUUCUGUGUCUUGUUUGGACUCCCGUUGUAAGGCACUUUGUUUAUCAAUGGACAUUCCAGCCUAUAUCCUUCCUCUUCCUUUCCCCUUUGUCAGUUAAACAUUUUACUUCCUCUUCUCACUCAUCUGUUGUCAUCUCUAUACACCAUUUAUUUGUUUUAAUCUAGUGGUUCAUUAUAGCGCAGAGAAAGCUCUUUUUGUAUAGAGAAGAAGAAAAAAAGACAAAUAUUUUUUUUAUUCCUCUGUCUGACAACAAAUAUCUGUUCACCGCUGCAGAUUCAGAAAAAAAAAGAAAAAAAAAAAGACCAGUUUCGGGGAAACCUGCCUCACUGCCACAGGAGGCCGAACUCGUUUGUGUGUGUGAGUGUGUUUCAGUGUGUGUGGCUGCUUAGAUAAGCAAAGCGUGCGUGAGAUUUCAUGUAAAAACGAGUGUCUUCUGAGGUAGGCUGGGUGGUCUGGCCCACAGGUAGGACGUUAGCGGUUUAUUUUUGAAUAUCAAUGGUUAUUUGUAGAAAAUGUAAUUUAAUGUAUAGGUGGUUACUCCAGCUUUCACCAAGAACAGGUUGUACAUAUUCGCUUUUUUUUUUUUUCUAUGCUUGUACAAUUUGCUCCCAUACUGUUUAUUUUUUUUCUUUUUGUUUUGUUUUUUAAAUAUUGUUGUAAAUACAAACGCUCUUCUUGGCAAAGCUGAAUGUUUCUGUGACUGUAGCAUUAUUUUUAUUUUAUUUUAACCCCCUCCACCCUCCCAUCCUCAACUAUUCAACUUGGUCUUUUUUUUUUUUUUUUUUUUUUUUUUUUAAAUCAUUUGUGUGUGUGAGUGUAUGUUUGUGUGGAGGGGAGAGACUCACAGACACUGCACUGGUUGGCUAUUUUCAUGGUUCAUUAUAAUAAAUCACUGUAAUGACAGUU